CAGAGCAGAACUAGUUUGUUUUCUUGUUAUUUGUUCGCGGCGAUCCCUCAGCCGUGUUCCCCUCCCCGCCCUGCGCUCCUCACCCUGGCGGGGCGGGGCGGGGUCUCCUCCCCCCUCGGGGUGUCCGUGAAAGUCCCCUCGGGCACCAGGCAGCGGGAGGCAGCCGAUACCCGACGGAGUGUCCCGGCCCCUCCGUAGGGGUUCUUGCUCCCCUCCCCCGGGCUGCGGCAGCCGAGGGGCGCCUCCCGCUAUGGCCCGGCUGGGGCUCGUGGCGCCUGUCCCCGGAGGGCAGGGAGUCGGCCGCCAGGGGGAGCCGCGCCGCGGGCACGGGCCGGCGCGUUGCCAGCUGUCAUUUCAAACCAGCCCCGGGGUUUGAAUGUCAACGGGCGCGGGAGCCGGGCCCGCCUCUUCCUUCCCCGCCACUCGCCCGCCCGGCAUGAGGAGACGGGGGUCGCUGCGCGCGGGGACUCCCGUGAGGCGCUCCACGCGCCUGGCGCAGAGUAGCGCGGAGGAGACGGUCCUGAGCAAGGUGCCCAGUGCUGAGGGAGGGAGCUUUCCCCUCGUUCUGCAGCCCCGGGCCAGCAUCAAGGCCCACAAACUGCAUCUUACUUCGGCCCGGGAUCCAUCGCCCACUCCAGCCAGUGAUCCUACCCCCGUGCCAGCCAUGGAGCCCUCGGCUGGGUCAGCCCUGGAGCCCUUGCCAAUAUUAACCAGGGAGCCUCCACUGCCCCAGCUCAAGGAUGAACCCACCAGGACUGCGAUGAAGAGAGGCCUCUCCCGGAAGCCAGCAGCAAGGCUGGAGGCUUCCAGGAGCAAUAGAUGGGUGGCACUGGACCAAGAUGCCCACUUGUCACCCUAUGUGAGGCUGAAGAGGCUGCAGAUCUCAGAGGAGGAUGAAGAAAAGGAGGAGCUUUUCCCCACCCGAAGUGAGAGCUCAGGGGAGAAAGAGAAGCUGAACCUGGACUGGCAAGAGUUCAGAGAUGAGAGAGCCCAACUGCAGGUGCUGGAGACUGCACUGCUUGGCUCAGAGACAGCCACUGUCACGGAGAUCAUGGCCCCCAGGCUGCAGGGCAAAGCGGCCAGCAACACCCCCAGGCUGCAGGGCACAGCUGUCUGGCUGCAAGGCGGGGCGGCCAGCAGUCUCCCUAGGCUACAGGGUGGGGUCCCCAGGUUGCAGGACAGGGCGCAGAUCAGCACGCCCAGGUGGCAGAGUGCAGCUCCCAGACUGCGGAGUGUGGCACCUGGGACUCCAGUUCUGACAGAGACAGAUACUCCCAGGGUGCGGCACGUUGCCCAUGGAACACCGAGCUUGGCGAUGUGGACAGAAACUGCAGCACUCAGGUCACCAGCUCCCAGACCCAAGAACCCAGGGAAGCCGAGCAAGGUAAAGGAGAGAUCCACACCUCUGCACUGGAGUGUCCAGCAUUUCCUUUUCUCCUCCACCUGCUGCAUCCUUCUUCCCUUCCUGCUCAUCUUGGGCUUCUCUGGUUGGUUCCUGUGGGAGCACAGCAGCCCUGUCUCUGUCCUGGGGUUGAUGGAGCAGUGGAAGCUGGGCUGGAGCCAUGUCGCCAGCUUGUGGAGAGAGCCAGAGGAGGAAUGCAGCCCACAGUGCAGUUUGGUGCUGGUGGAAAGCAUCCCUGUGGGCCUGGAUUACAAACACUCCAACUCCCGCCACCUCCCCAUUUUCCAGGCCUGGAUGGACCUGUUGGAUGCUGCCAACCGCUCUGUGGACAUCGCAGCUUUCUACUUCACUCUCCGGGACUCAGACAUGCAGGAGGAAGAACCCUCAUCCUGGCAGGGCAGGCAGGUGUUGGAGAAGCUGCGGGACCUGCCUUCUCGGGGGGUGAAGCUCAACAUUGCUGUGAAUAGCCCCCAGAAGUCUGACCGGGACACCGAGGAGCUGGCCAGCAAAGGUGCAGAUGUAAAGUAUGUGGAGUUGGAGCGCCUGACUGGAGGAAUUGUGCACACCAAGUUCUGGGUGGUGGAUGGCAAGCACGUCUACAUUGGCAGCGCCAACAUGGACUGGCGCUCGCUGACACAGGUAAAGGAGCUGGGUGCUGUGCUCUACAACUGCAGCUGUGUGGCUGGUGACCUGCACCGGAUCUUCGCCAUGUACCGUGCAUUGGGAGGGCAGGGGGCCUCACUCCCGACGGUGUGGCCGGCUUAUGUCUCCGCGAAGUCCAGCCUCAGCCGCCCCCUGAAGCUGCAGCUCAAUGGCAGCAGUGCAGAACUGUACCUCUCCAGCUCCCCUCCCGCCCUCUGCUCCACUGGCCGUACCCCAGACCUCACAGCCAUUGUCAGCACCAUCCAGGAUGCCCAGGCCUUUGUCUACAUCUCGGUGAUGGACUAUGUGCCCCAGUGCACCUUCUGCCAGCCUAAGAGGUUCUGGCCGGUCAUUGAUGAUGCGCUGCGUGCUGCGGCCUGCAACAGGCACGUGAAGGUGAGGUUGCUCAUUAGCUGCUGGCAGCACUCGGACCAGUCCAUGUUCCUGUUCCUGGAGUCGCUCAGUGUCCUCAGCCGGGAGCCUCUGGGCUGCCCGAUCGAAGUGAAACUCUUUGUUGUCUCCACGUCGGUUGAGGAGAAACAGAUUCCCUUCUCCCGUGUCAACCACAACAAGUACAUGGUGACCGACCGCCUAGCCUACAUUGGCACCUCAAACUGGUCUGAGGAUUACUUCACCAACACUGCAGGGGUGGGGCUGGUCGUCAACCAGAGUGAGGCUGCUCCUGGGGUUACGCAGCUCACCCUGCGGGAGCAGCUAGAAGCUGUGUUCCAUCGAGACUGGAGCUCUCCCUACUCACAGCCACUCAGCCCCAAGCCCAGCUGUGCCACCAAGAACUGAGAGCAGUUCCCCGCCCGAAUGCUGGGCCAGGCCCAGGACCUCUCCUCAGCUGGAUGUACAUAUGCAGCCUCCCUUGGAAAUCCAGCGCUAUGGCAGCUUGCACCAGACUGCUUCUGCUCCCCCCUGCUCCGGGAGGGAUCCCACUAGCCGAAGAAGGACCAGUGCAGGCAGCAGCAAUGAAACACCUGAGGGGGCCCUGGAUGCCAGCAUGUGACUUGUCAGCACUAGUGCCGUGGUGCUUGCCUCCUGGCUACACUCUGAAGCUGGAGGUGUGGGGCCCUGGCACGUGGACAUUAACUAAAUCUCAGGCAUAGGCACCAACUUGGUGGGUGCUCUCGUGCUCAAGCACCGACAGAAAAAAAAAAUAGGGGGUGCUCAGCACCCACCAGCCAUAGCUAUUGGCUGGGGCCCAUGGCUGGCCACCGAACAGCUCUUCGGCAACUAACGGGAGGCACUCCGGGAAGGGUAAAGAGGACAAGCAGCUGGCAAGGGAGUCUCGGGGGGGAGGGGUGGAUCGGGGGAGAAGCAAGCAGCGAGAAAAACAACUCAGUGCCUAUGGUCUCAGGGUCUAAAACCCUCUCCCAGAAGGGAUGGGCACCUUCACAGGGAGAGGAGCUAGCCUUAAAUUUUAUUUGGGAACUGAAAUUCUCCAGUUUCAUGACGGGUAUUUUUUUUAGGUGGGUCCCACUUACAGGUGCUGGAUUGGAACUUGCUUCCUGCACUCAGGGCUGGGGGAGGAAAAUAGGUCUUGGGGAAGUGGCGGGAAGAAUUAGG